UGAAAAAAAAAAAGAAUUUGAUUCUAUCAAUAAGCUGAGAGAAGUUUGGUGCCACAAACACCAUCACUACUCACUAGCUUCGAGAGCUCUUAUGGUUCAUCUUCAACCUCCGUCCACCUCCUAAUCAUGGCGGUUUCACUCAAUUCCGUCGUCUCCUUUAACUCUGUCUCUGGAUCCUCCAUUAGAUAUCCUGUUCCGAAAAUUGGCCAUGUUUCAGCUCCCUUUUCCCUUAUCAAAUCAAGGCAAACCAUUAGUUUAAACAGAAGGCACCUACAUCUAUCAGUUGCAGAGAGUGACCGUAUAGUUACAGAUCGCGGUGAGAGUUCAAAUCCUGAAGAUUCUUCUCCUAAUCCUGCUCAAUCAGAAAUAAGUGUUGCGGAUGACUCAAAACAGGAAAACAAGAUACCCUCAUCUGCUGAUGUGCAAUCAAUACAGAAGAAAGCACCACUAACUGCAAGAGAAAGACUGAGGGCGGCAAGGGUUCUGAGCCGUUAUUCAGAUUCCAAGCCUGCUAAAUCAGAAAUUGGGCGCAGUGUAUUGGAUGCUUUGAGAGAGAGUGAGAAAGGAAAGAAGGGUCUUCCACAAGCCCCUACUAACCUGUUUGAUGACAGUAAGCGGGGAAUGCCUAAGGCAGGCCUGACGUUCGACUUCCCUGGAGGUCUCGAUUUGUUUCUGAUUGCCUUCUCUUUUAUUUUUAUCAGCUCAGUUAUGUUUGCAACCACAUACAUUGUUUGGAAAGUCGGCGCUAUACAUUACAAUGAAUUCUGAUACACUAUAACCGCCAUCAAGGAGUAUUACUUCGGUAAUCUUUUAUUGUAUACUGGGAAUGCAGAAAUCAUAGUUAAAUGAGGCUCUUUACUACUGUAUUUAGGUACUGAAUACAUACAGAUGUAUAUGAUUCUACAAUGCUUUAAGUAGAACUCGAAACCAACUAGUACUUCUCGCUUGCUA